ACGGGGAGCAAAUAAUAAUCCGAAACGUAGAUUCAUACCGCGCGCGCUGUGUAAGUUUCCGCGUUCCGCAUCAACUGAGAGCACAGCGUUAGUGUAAUUCGGUCCCUUUUUUUAUUGCAUCAUCCCGGAAAGGAGUUCCACAUACUGCCAGGAAAAUCCGAAACCGAAAGGACCCCCAAAACGGGACGUGGCCGUAAAGUGUGCGUGUGUGCCGUGGUGUGAAGAAGCUUGUGAAACGGGGCUCGCCAAAGGGGCAGCAAAAUCGUUCCCCUCUCCCCUGUGUGCCGCCUGCGCCUGGUCACGCACAACAUCACGGCAAGCGGGGUACGAAACGUGGUGUCGUGAAUCAUCGAAAAAAAAGGGCUCCGCUAUUUCGGCAGAUGGACAGCGAUUGAAGACGCGAAGGAAGAAAACGCACUUGAUAACGCACCAGCGACGAAUGUGUGUUUUGUGUGUCCCGGGGGCAUGAUGCGUUAACAUUGCUCUGAGAAAAGGAGCGUGUGGCUUGGCACACUCAAGAAGGGGCCACCGAUCCACACAGUACCACCACCACCCCACUCUCUAUUCUGCCAUUCGACGCGUACGCGAAGAGAAAUUAUGUAAUUUAAUAGCUUGCCUCUCUUACACCACAUUAGCGGCACUGCGGCGGAUGAGGUGGCAGCGCACACGUGCAGCAGCAGCGGCGAGGCCCGUGGAGUUACGUGGAAGCUGUUUGCCCGAGCUAGCACAAGGGGGAGACCUCAGCAGAAAACCGCACCACGUUCCGGAAGCGCAAACACACGGCGGCAGCAGCGCCCGAGUGCGAUAGCCGCUUGAACGGAACGGCCUGCCGAAGAAGAAUCGAUCAAAGGCAAACAUGAUGAUAAUAGCGCAGAACGGGCAGGUCUUGAUAGGAGCGAAGAACGAGCCGAUUACAAGGUGCAGCAGCACAGGCACCACACCGUGCAAUCUAAAUCUGGUGUUGCUGCCAACGCGAGGAGGAACUAACCGUACGCCGAAGCGCAGCGAAACCGGCCCCACGGCCACAAGUGGAACAAGCGGCAGUGAACGAAAGUGAUCUUGUCCCAUUCAUCGUCAUUACCAUUGCCAUUGUAACUUAAUCAACGCCGAAUCAAAGAUUGGGAGCACGAGAGUGAGAGAGGCGAGUGCUGGAAGUGAAACAUAUUAAAAAGGUGCAAUCGUCCCAAGGAAGCGGCUUUUAGCAAUAACAAACCAAGCAGGCUUCCGAGCAAAAGUGCUCCCACAAACCAGCUGGUAGAGCUUAGUUUAAGGCUUUUUAACGUGUUUUAUUCAGACAAAAAGUGUGCGAAAAGACGUCAAUCAUUUUUAUUUGUUUUUAGUUUAAUACUCUAAAACGGAGUCUAAAACCCCCAGCGACGCUAAACGAUUGCCCCUCGGUGAGUGAGUGAGAGAGAUGAUAUUGCGCAAAUUGUGUGUGUGUGUGUUAGUGCUUGUGUAGGGUGAGUUGCAUGCUUUCCCGCACCUGCACUGCUAAGGGCGCAAAGGAUAAUGCCGUACGCAAGGAAACCACACCGGAAGUACUACGCAAGGGGAGGCCAACAUAACCGACGAACGGGGUUGAGAAAGUGACUCCUGUGUGUAUGUGUUUAUGUGCACCGGGUGAAAAAAUAAAGGUGUGUAUUUAUAUCGCGAGUGCAAAAGUGUAAACAAACGUGUGUGCAAAACAGAAAAAGGAAGGGGGGAGUUUUCCGUUUUAUUGUGUGCCUAGGGCCUUCGUCCCCUACUGUUGCCGCCUGCAUCAUGACGGCAUCCGCUGGUGUAGAAUCAAUGUCACCACCACCGUCCGCUGAAGAGCGCAUCAACCAUCUUACCCAUCAGCAGCAGCAGUACGUCACCUCCAAUCACAGCACAUCACAGCUGGCGCAAAGGAAACCACUGUUGUCACAGCAACAGCAGCAGCAGCAGCAGCCCAGUGCUGCCAGUGGCUUCACACAGCAUCCAUCGUUGGGCCCGGCCACGAUGAAACCACCGCCCCGACCUACGGCAACAACGGCCGGAGCCCGUGGGCCACCGAAACCACCGUCCGACCGUAGCAAGGGAGCCGGCGGCUCCACCGGCGGCACCACGCUUCCGUCCCGCGUGUCACAGAUCUACUACAAGCAUGGGCUGUUCAUUUCCAGCUAUCCGACGACGGCGACCAGCUUCGCCCUUGCCAUCAUCAUCUUCUGCUGCUACCCACUGCUAAACAUCCCCCUGCCGGGGACGAUACCAACCAAAGUGAUAUUCCCGUACACGGAAAGCAUUAGCGAAAAUUUGCACCUGUCCAAUGCGAACCUGACGAGCGAAUUCUACAACCCGUUCAGCUUCUCCGGCGGCAACAUGUUUAACAUCUACAACAUCAGCGUGGAAACGCCGUUCCCGUGGGCCCGAAUCGAUCCGCUACUGUACGUGCAGCAGAUCAUCAUGCGCACGAGCGUGGUACCGUGGGAAGAUGAUCUGCUGCUGACCGAUGCGUUCCGUGCGCCACUGUACGAGGUGUUCAAGCUGCUAGAGAUUAUACGCAAUCACGAAGAUCAGAGCAAAACUAUGCUAAGCCAUCUCUGUCUGCAUGUGGAAAAUGUGAAGCGAUCCUCGCAGCAGACCCUGUUUCCCGAGUACAACUGCUUGCUGCUAUCGCCGGCCAAUCUGUGGCAGCAAAACAUGCAGAACUUCAAUAAGGAUAGCAAUCUGUUAAACACGGUGUACGUGAAUCAUAAUCUCCAAAAGUCCAAAGUCUCGACGGCAGAAAUGCUGUUCGGCAUACCGCUGCGUGACACGGGAGUGAAGCGGUACCCGAUGCGCGUCCGGCCGCGCAUCAUCCAGUACGCGGUGACGCUGAUUUUGCGCGAAAACAAUCCAGCAUUUAUAGAAUCGUUAAAGCAAAAGCUUACCCGUGCGUACCCGCUGCAUCAAAAGGAACCCUCGAGCGAUGCAUCGGGCGGCGUGCCGGCCCAGCCCGAAGCACCCUCGGCCCCGAAGCAGCAGCAAUCGAUCAUGUACAUCUUCUACCCGGGCGAAUUCAACUGGAAGGAGGUGCUGCCCCAGUGUAUCGCGUUUUGUGUGCUGUUCAUUUACGUCUACUUUUCCGUGCGCAAAAUCGAAGCCAUCCGGUCGCGCAUCAUGCUAGCGUCCUGUGCCGUUCUGACCGUGCUGGGCAGCUUGCUGAUGUCACUGGGGCUGUGUUUCUUCUUCGGGCUCACGAUCAGCUUCCAGUCGAAGGGUGUCUACCCGUACCUGGUCAUACUGGUGGGGCUGGAGAAUGUGCUCGUCAUUACGAAGAGUGUGCUCACGACGGACAACAAUCUGGACGUAAAGAUACGGGUCGCACAAGGCCUGAGCCGGGAGGGCUGGUCCAUUACGAAGAACUUGCUGACGGAAAUCACGAUCCUUACCGGGGGGCUGGCGACGUUCGUGCCGGUAAUACAGGAGUUUUGCAUCUUCGCGAUGGUGGGCCUCGUGUCGGACUUUCUGCUGCAGAUGCUGUUCUUCGCCACCGUGCUGGCGCUGGACAUAAAGCGCGUCGAGUACAGUGCCGAGGUGCGGCGACUGCCCAAGAUGCUGUACUUCAACAACGAGCUAAGGCGGGGUACCGGGGCCGCCGCGGGACAGACGAACGGUCCGGCACGGGAAGUGCGAAACGGGGGCGGUUCGAUUAAUCGCUCCCGAUCGCACCCGAAGCUGACGGGGCUGGAGCAGGCGGCGAGCCAUCCGAAGACCGGGCCGGGCAGCGGGAAGGAUGUGAAAAUACCGAAGCGCCUGCGGAUUGUAAACUUUUGGGCUAGGACAAGGUUUUUCCAGCGCGGCUUCAUGAUCUGGAUGGUGCUGUGGAUUUCGAACAUUAUCUACAAUGCUGGGCUGAUCGAGGAGCUGUUUGUGAUCGAUAAGAACCUGACCGGGCACGAACGGUUGUCGUUGGACGCCGGAGCGCCUCGGUUUGAGGGUGGCGGACUGGCUAUGCACGACCUGGGUGAUCCUAGCACGGAGGCGACGCUCGAGAUGGAUCGUUUAAAUUACCACAAAAACCUACCGGAUGCAGGCAUGCUGAGGGGUGGUGGUGGUGGUGGCGUUGCCAGUGACAAAGCAGGAACCGUCGAACAUCGUGCGCUGAACGUAUCGGAACAGCUGCAGCGGUUGAAACACCCCGACUACGAAACCGUCUACCAGCUGUCCAAUUUCCACUGGUCGUCGAUACUGAAGCAGUACAACGUGUCGCUCAGCGGACGGUACGUGACGGUGCUGCCGGCGAUCAAGCUUUCCCACGCGGUCAGCCCCGCGACCGCCAUCCAGCUGCGGAACGCGGACGAGAAAGCGCCGCACCAUUUCCAGUGGAAAGCGCUGGCGGUGGCGCUCGAUCCGCUCGACUUCAGCGAUGCCGACACGGGCGACGGGUCGCACGUACCGAUCGGCAACGCACCGUUCUACCCGAAAACGCCGAUGGAGAUACUGCUCACCUGCAUGCUGCUCGUGGUCAGCACGUUCGUGGUGACGUACACGAUGAUAGUGCUGUACCGGUGCGUCUGCACGCGCAACUACGCCGAGUGGCGGGCGAGCUGGCAGGAGAGCGACAGCGAGACGGAACCGAAGCCGGAGCAGUGCCUGCUGGAGGGCGUCCCGGUACAGGUCGAUGGGCACGUGCACCGCAUCGAGUGUCUGGUGACGGACGGGAACAUGGUGGCGAGCUCCUGCCUGCAGGGCCAGGUGAAGGUGUGGGACGUGAGCAAUGGUGAGCUGCUGGCGGAGAUCGACCGGCUGCACUACUUCGAGCUGCAGCAGCACCGGGGCAGCUCAGCGUCGCCCCAAUCGCUGCCCUCGCCGCCCACCGCCGGUGUUCUGCUGCGUAACGAUCUGGGCGAACCCAUUACCGGGCUGCAGGAAGCGUUCCCGGUGGCCGGUGGUUCAAGCAGCUCGCCGGUGUCGUGCUCACCGCCCGGCACGGCCGUAGCCGCUUCGUUCAAGCUACGCAAGAAGCUGCACUUUAAUUUCUCCAGCCUGGACGGUGGCGCGGCGGCGAGUGCGCAGGCAGCGACCGACUCGAAGCUGUUCGACUUCCAGGCACAGUACGAACGGUUCUUCACACCCUGUUCGCCCCCGGUCGCAAACGGCGCCGUGAACGGUGGAAGUGGGUGUGAUCUGCGGAAUCGCUUUGCCUCGAACGGAGCGCCAGUGGCGAGCUGGGCGGAAUCGAACGCCUCGACGGAGGAGCAACCGUCCAACAGCCACUGGAUGGCGCGUCCCACGACACUGUCCAACGAGUGUCCGCAGCCGCCCGGGAGCCCAAAGCAGCAGCAACACCAGGUGUCGCCGAUAUGGUGUUUGGACUUUCUCGACAAUCUCAUCGUGAUCGGGUGUGCGGACGGGCGGCUGGAGUUCUGGGAGGGCAGCAGCGGUAGUUUUAAGUGCAUCCACGAUGCAGAACAUUCACACAACAAUGGCGUGACGAACAUCAAGCUGACGGGGGAUCGCGUUAUAGCGGCCCGGCUGAGUGGACGAAUUGACUUUUUCCGCCUGGAAACGUACAACCAGGGAAGACAGAUCGAUUGGGGCUUUACGUCGGCGUACCGACGAACACACAUGCGAACCGGCUCGGCGGGUAGCCUCGGUUCGCUCCAGGCAGCGAUGGCAGCGAGCAGUGGGCCCGGAUCUCAUUCCGCGUCCGAGGAGCUGCGCUGUCUGCUAGAGUUUCAGCAGCAGGGCCACCAGCAACCGGUAACCUGUCUCGAGGUGGCAGGCAAUACCGUGAUGACGGGCAGCCAGGAUCACACGCUGAAGGUGUACCGGGCGGACAGUCACGUGAUGCUGUACACGCUGCACGGGCACUGUGGCCCCAUUACCUGCCUGUUCAUCGACCAGUGGCAGUCGGGGAUGGCCGGUUCGGGCUCGCAGGAUGGAUUGCUGUGUGUGUGGGACCUGACGACAGGUGCCUGUAUGUACAAAAUUCAAGCGCACGACGACUCGAUCGUUGCGCUGGUCGGUUCGCCCAGCUACGUGAUAUCGCUGGGGUUGGACGAACGGAUACGCGUUUGGGACCGGUUCCAGGGCCAUCCGCUCAACACGAUCACGGUUUCGCACGCCUACUCGGCACUGGUAAUGCUGACGCCGUCCCUUCUCGUUACUGGCAAACCAGGCGCCCUUGUGGUGUGGGAUGCGCGGAGCGGUGAGGUCGCCCGGGAGGUUAAGCUAGACUGUUCCAACAUGCAGCUCUGCCCAAAGAUCAUGCUGCCGGCGUGUGGUUCGGUCAUCUGCGAUUACGGCAAUCAGAUGCGCAUUGUGCGGUUCCCGCUCGUUGCCGCUGACAAAUGUGACUAAGUUAGUCGCAUGUGUGUUUGCAUGCAAACACGGGGAUACAACACAUGUGUUGUAGUGGGGGUCUUACACGUAUCUAUGUACACUUGCUCGGGCUUUUUUGACGGUGUCAUAGCAAGGCAUCAGUGUGCGAUCGGUAUGGGUCGGUUGUUCUCUUGGCAUAGACGUUGCAGAGACUGAGGUACGCCGCUAGGACUGUCUUAUUCGAUCUUAUUCGAAACAAAAAAAGGCUCUCGAAAAGGUGUAUCAACACUCCCCCAGAUGAGAACGCUCGCCAGUAGGAUAAGGUUUUUCCGUUUUUUGUUUUAUUUAUCCUUUAAACCCAAUUUCUUUUAAAGUGCGCUCUAAACUUCCCCAAACAACGCCCCAGUUCUGCGAGUGUUCGGCUCUCUAAACGCUUAUGUUCCUUGUUUUCCCAGUUUGCUGUGCAUCCGACUCUCCCCGCCAUUCAGUCAUUGUGUUGUAUGUUGUUUUCAUUUUACCACUUUACCCCAACACAUUCAAUGUUGUAUGUCUCUGUAGUCAAAUGUCUCUCACACAUAAUUUAUAAAUGAACGUGUUUGUUUUAUGUUAAAUGUGUGUGUUUUAAAGCCGUUAUUCUGUUCGGUUUUUCUUUUUUAAAUUAAUGCCAGCAACAGUAAAUUAAGUUAAUUAAACAGCGCAUGUUGUAUGCCCAUGGCUAGCAAAUUUACCUUUCUUUGUCCUGGUAUAUGUGUACGCCUGUAUUGUUUUGUUGAAUUGUUUAAGCAAUUAGUUCAGCUCAACGCUUUACGCUCAACACAAGCGCGCGCGCACGCGCUUUAAAUAUUAAAUUAAAAUAUUAUUCACUUUCGAUUUGCCUAGGUGGGUUCAUCGUUAUUGAGGUGUAGUCAGUAAGUUAGUAGUCGCAUAAGUUAUUCUUUUAGCACAAUAUGACACACACACAUAUACACACAAAGCUACAUUACACGCGAACAAAAAACGAAAUUGUAAUAUCGAAAGGAACGGGAGAGAAUGGCUGGACAGUAGUAGCAUGGGGUCGUCCGCAGGCAAAACCAAAACACAAAUUAAUAAUCAUCCGCGUAACCAUAAGUGUGAUAAGGAAAGAUGCCUUUUUUGUCAAACUGAGCCGUGUCGAGCGAUUUGUCCGUUCACGCUUGUUUUCAAUUACAGUAAAAAGAAACCGAAACGAAACAGCGUGAAAGGAUACGCCGUGUAACCUGUGUUUAGUGUGAUAGUGAUGCUCAAAGCACCUAAUUUAUGAUUUGUGAACAAGGGGAAAAAAGGAAGUGCAGAGAGUGACGUUCGAAAAGCAAUACAACCUAAUUGUACCAUACAAACAGCAAACACAAACGAGAGUGCCGAGUGAAUGCAAAAGAAAAGCUGCAACAACAAACACACUAACAUUCACAUUAAAGCACGCAAUAUACAAAUGCGAAAAACGAAACAGAACAGAGAGAUUAGCACUAUUUUCAUUAAAUUAUUUAAAAAAACCACCUCGUAUUUAAGGUAAUAUAUGUAUUAUGCAUAGGACGGGUGGUGAUGUUGGACUGCUAUCGAUAACACGCGUACACGCGUAAGGCAAACAUACAGAGCGACUAAACGUUAACAACAAAAAGACCAAACACUUCACAAUGGACUAGGGAAACACAAAACAAAGAAAAUUGCUAUCAGUAACAGAGAAAGUAACACCGCCAGCACCACGCAAAAUAAAGAACAAAACAACUUAUUGUGCUUCUUUUUGAUAAA